AUGGAAAACUUGCGCUCGGACUUGAGUUUCAAGCAUAUCCUGACGAUCGUUGAAGCCGUUGAGCGAAUCAAUCCGAUUUUCGUUGAUCAUCUUUCCGGUAGGCUUUGCUUCAUUUAUCUUGUUGCUUUAGUUAGAUGUAACGGUCCACAGGGUCACGAGUUCGAUCCCCGCCUCGACCCAACCAAGAGGGUUUAAGAAAUGUUGGGAGGGGGAAACCACGACUUCAUAAUCCCCAGCCGUCACAUUUUGUUCGAAGUUCGAAGAAAAAGGAGAACCCGUCUGAACAAGCCGAAGAGGCUGUCGAGGCGAAUGAGUUCUUCUAAAGUAUUUUUCUGCGCUUGGAAAAUGAUAGAUGCCCAAGACAACUCUUUCGAGUGUUAGCAAUGAAGCGAUUGCUCUUCUACGGAAAGCAUGCACUGAGCUCAAUGUAUCCAGCCGUUGACCGAACAGGAGCCAAUAAUGUAGUUGAUCAUGGUUGAAAGCAUGGUCUUACUGUCCUUAGCCUCGUUCUUCUGCGCGUAGUUUAUUCAGUUACGCCUUGACGGCUCGAAUGUAGCUGAUCUUGUGUUUGAGCCCGGAGACCGUGCUCUAGGCCUCGAAUUGAGAGCAGCCACAGAAGAGUGAAGACUUUACACGGAAUCUUGAAUAUUGAUUUCGGAUCGGAGAUGUUCAGGAAUGCUCGACGACAUACUGGCUAAACACGGGCCGGCUCCUCGACCGACUACGCCGGAAACUGAUGAAAGACCUCCGCAACUGGAGCGCAUGGAUCAAGUUUGUCGCGUUUUUUCGUGAGGAGUCCGAUCAGGAAAAAAUGAUUUUUAAGAUGUUGAGAGAAUUUCUGAGCAAGUUAUGACUUUUAUUUAUAUUUUUCGAAACUUCCGAAUUUUUCAAAUUUCUUGCCGGAAUACUGGAAAAUUCGGUCGCUUUUUUUGAUGUCUAUUUUUCAAGUUUUCAGAUUUAGAAAAAGUUUUUGGCAAUUAUUAAGGGUUUAAUGGAUUUUAAAGUAUGUAUUUCUUUAUAAUAUGGCCAGUUUCGAAAAUCUGUUUUUUUGAAAAUCGUAUUUGUAUUUACAGAAAAAUAAAUUUUUUCUGAAUUUUUAUUUUGCCAAAAAAAGUUCUCAAAGUUUAAAAGUACACUAUUUCGCUACAUAUUCCAGGUUUAGUUAAAAAGUUUGACUUGAAAUUCAUUGAAAAAAACUUAAAAUCUCCUAUUUUGAGCCGCCAAUACUUGGUUUUUCGACACUUAAAAACUAACCAAAAUCGAAAAUUCUAGGCGUUUUGGACACUGAAAUAAAAAUAAACUGAAAAAUUUUUCAAAAAUAUGGGUAUUAUGAAAAAAACGGCUGCUUUUUCCAGCCUGAAGUACGUUUCAAGAACUUCAUAUAAAGAAAUAAAAUCAGAAUAGGUAAUUUUUUUGAAUUGUUUCGUUUUCAAACAGAGUUCAGUCAAUCUGAAAACUUAAAAAUAACAAUAUUUUAGGUAUUUUCCCCAAUAGCCUUGAUUUUCUGCACGUUUUGAUACUUAGAUUCUCCUGAUUUCCAGAAUGCCCUGUUUUUGGAAUAUGAUAUAGGUCAUUUCUCGCCAGCUUGUCACGUUUUUCUUUCCGCCAAAAGGCCACAUCAAAUUUAACCAACUUUCGCUUCAGGACCUUUGUUUCUUGCCGUUAUAAAAAGCAGAAAUUUGAUCUGAUUUGGUAUACGGUCUUUUUGGCGCAAACGAAAAACGUGACAAGCUGGCGCGGAAUAGGCUAUAUCGUUAAUUGAAAAAAAAAAACGAAAAACUUGGACCUUCUGAAGUUUUCAUGCGAGAGAUCAACGGCGGCUGAAGAGACGCGACGCUCUCGUCGUCGGGCGUCUCUGCGGCUCUCACACUCUCUCGCUUGAAAACUUGUGGGGGCCGAUUUUUUUUUGUCACGUUCCGCGCCAGCUUGCCCUUUUCUUCCUGCUAAGAAGACCGUAUGCCGAAUUUCAUCAAACUUCGCCUCGAGACUUUUUUAGGACAAAAAAACGAAAAAUUAGUGGUUACGGUAGCUAUUUUUCAGCUGUGCUUUUAUAAAGCGAUCUCAAAGAUCUAUUCCAGGAAAAAGCUCCUUUUUGCGAAAAAUUGAUUUCAUACAAAAAAAUUUCUUCAAUCUUCCUAUUUAAAAAGUUCACCACACGAAGCUCAAAAAAAUUGUUAUUUCUCUUUUUUUAGUAAGAAAAAACUUAAUUGUCGAUUUUUUUACAUGAUAAAGAAUAGUUUUUGUUAUAGGCUUGAUUUCGACAUAGAAAAAGGUUGAGAAAAAAAUGCAACUCGAAGGGCAAAUUGACCUCUUUUUUUGUCUCGAAUAGCGGAUAUUUCACAAAAAGUCUAAUUUUGAGCAGAAAAAAAUACCGUAUCAAGUCGGUUUGAACCAUUUUUUUCUAGCUUCGAAUGUACCACCUUUGCAAAUAUUUUUCAAAAAGCUACUUUUAUAAAUCUAGAUCUUUGAAGAAUUUUUUGAAUUUUCAUUCUUUCCCGAAUGAAAAAAUUCAGGAACCAGCUCUUUCUCCUGCGCCUGCUCCAUCUCCUGCGCCUGCUCCUUCUCAAGUUCCUGCUCCUGCUCCUUCUCCUGCUCCUUCUCCGGCUCUUGCUCCUGCUGCCGCUCCGAACGGAGAAGAGAACAAUUCCUUCGAAAGGCCUACUCUGACGGAAGCCAUCAGCUAUCAAGUCGGAUUUCUGCUCUACUGUAAGAAAAAAGUUGUACUGAAAAUAAUCAAAAAUCAGAUAAAAUGGGACUUCUCGGAUGGUUUCCGGUUCCGAUCUACCCGCCGGUGAAUGGAUUGGUUAGUUUGGAAAUAUGUCGAUUUUGAAGAUACCAUCUGACCAGGGAAUGGUCUCAACUCACAGUGGGACUUCUGAAGAUGUUUUUUAAAUGUAGUUAUUAUUGGUGAUUCCAAAUCCGGUCUCAGUGCUACAAAGAUCUGUGAAAAAAGUUAUGGACCCUCAAAAGCCGAAAAUUUCAUAGUUUUCGAUCAUUUUUGGAGGGUAUGUGUAUACUGUCUCUUUGGCCACGAAAACCAUAUAACUUUUUUCAAAAAAAAAUCAUCUUAUCCUCCCCGAGCAAAUCAAAAAUGUUCUCAUCGCGCCACCAGCAAAUCAAGCUCAUAAAUAUUAUUUCAAGACAUUUUAUGGUUUUUCGUGACCAGAGGGAUCUAUAAACUCGUUAGGGUUCACGCUGAUCUGUCAAUAAAUUAUUAUUAUUAAUGGACCCUCCAAAAAUGAGCUCGAACGGAGACUAUAUUCGACUUUUGAGGGUCCAUAACUUUUUUCACAGACUUCCUUGGCAGAUUUUGGGACCGGAUUUGGAAUCAGCAUGAAAAACUUCAUCUAGAAAACAGGGUCUCAUGCAGAAGUCCCACUGUGAGCUGAGCGGGUUACGGUAGGGACACCUGCGUAUCUAAUGAGCUUUUUUCCAUGCAGGUUUUAUAUCAAUCGAUAGGUAAUGCAGUUAUAGUAACUGUAUCAGUACACAUCGUCUUAGGAUAUUGUAGAAUAUUUUUGAAAUACGGUACUUUUUGUGUUUUUUUUUCACCCUGUAGUCGUUAAAAAUGUAUCUUAAAAAAAUCGAAUAUAAAAAUUUUUGUUUUAAAAAUCUUGAAAAACCAAAAAGUCGUUCAGAACUUUACUGGAAAAAAAGAGAAGAUUUUUUUCACAAAAUCAUGUUUCAAGGUACUUUUUCAGACUGAAAACGAAUUUUCAAGCAAACUUUUUUUCAGAUGUUCCCCGGGUCGCGGAAAUGAAUGUUCAAACGGAGAUGCCUCCCCCAGUAUCAAGCAUGAAUCUUCACUAUCCAUUCGGACUGAAUUGUAAGAAAAAAUAUUUCGGAAAAUAAUAAGUGAGCCAUAUAAUGUCAGAUGGAGAACUGGCAAUGUCUGGAAUGUCUGGAAUGCCGCUCGACUCAAGUUCCACCGGAGGUAAAUUGAAUAAUUAUUUUUUGAACUAUCGAUUGGAAAGUGUAAAAAGAGUCCAAGUUGAGCUGAAAAAAAUCAAAAUUGGUGGAAAAAGGCGCAAAAACAUAUCAAAAAAAUAAAAUUAUACAUUUGCUUCGGACCAAAAAAUACUCACCUUGCAUGUCAUAAUUUUCAUAAUCAGCGUCAAAAACUACAUCUAGUGAACCUUAUUCAGUUUUGUAAAGCGCGAAUUUUCAUUAUCUUUCUCUAAGGCAGCCAUGAUUGAACUAUCAGUCAAAUAUCCUGGAAUUUUCCAGUCAAAUAUCGCGCAGAACAACCCCAACAUGCACCUGGAACCCUCCACGUCUCGAGAUACUUCUGCAGCUCAUGAAGACGAAGAUCCGAUCGUCGUCGCCCAGAUGAGAAUCAAAAGGCCUCCCAGUGCCUAUAUGGUAUGGCAUCUAUGUAAAACACCACGAAAAAGGUAACUUCCAGAUCUUUUCGAAAUACGAGCGCCAGCGUCUCAGUAGAAUCGGCCAUGAGAUCUCCAGAGGGGAUGUCGCCAGGUUCAUCGGUAGGAAUAAUUCUGAACAUCAUGUUGAAGUCGUGGAAAAUCAGGCGCGCGUUGGAGAUUGAUGGACCGCGACCAGAGACAGCCCUAUCAGGAAGAACAUCAGCGGAUCAAGGAGGAGCACCGCCAGAAGUACCCCGGGUUCCGCUACGUGUGAGCUUUGGGGGGGGGGGGGUUAUAAAAAUGGUUUAUUUGAUAGAAAGAGAGACAGGCACAUACUUGAGCGAUUACGGAACACAAUUAUAGCCUGUGGGCCAUGACUUGGAAUUUCACCGAACGACAUUCCGCUGUUCCGCUGCGUGCGUUCGCGAGGCGUAUUUGUCUUUGCGAAUCUCAGUUGCGCUUUCAAUUUUUUUUUAACUUUUCCGUUUUCCCAAUGGAACAGUGUGAACAACAAAAAAUAUGACUAAUUGAAAGCACGACCGAGUUUCGCAAAGACGUUUGCGGAACAGCGGAAUGUCGUUCGGUGAAAUUCGCAGUACACAAACUAUAGUGGGGGAGGAAUAAUUGACCAAAUUUUCAACAAAAAUAAGUAGAAAAGUGAGUUUUAACCUCACAAAAAAGUGUCUGAAAGUUGCAGAUCCCUAAAGUGACUACUCAGAAAAAAAAUUAUCUACAAAGCGCCAUAGGGCCCUGAGAAAAAGCCGAAGGAGCUCGAAAAAUGAUUUGGUCCCUAUGGGAAAAGCUUAGGGACUGCUUAUUGGUAACAGAAGUUCAAGUGGUUCCUAUAGUGGUUUUUUUCUGGUUUGAAAGUAGGGAAGACUAGCAGGCUUUCCUAUAGUUUUACCUAAAAAGUACCCCUAGAGUGGUCACUUUUGGAAUGUUCAGUGCCCCUUUAAAAGGUGGUUAAAGUGGUCACUUGAGGGGAACUUAAAAAAAGCCCUUGAAGUGGCCUCUCUAGGGAUCACUCUGGCGUCCGUAAGUACGGAUCCAGAAAUACGUGGAGAUAAAGAAAUAAAAAAUAAAAAAAUAGACUUUCUCAUAUAGUUACAAUAAAAAUAUCAAUAAAAGACAAAUGCUCCCCUUAAGUGGCCACUUUUGCAAGCUUUAGUGCCCUUUAAAGUUGGAGUAAAGUGGUCACUUGAGGGGAACCUCCAGGAUCCCCGAUGGUUGCCCCUUUAAUGACCACUCUGGCGUUCCUUAGCAGAACAUUCAAUUGAUCAAUCUUAAAAACGAAGAAUUGAAAAUAUAAAGCUCAAUAUUCAUAGACGAAUUUCGAGAAAAAAAUAUAAAUUUUCCAUUUUUCUGACCAAAAAUUGUUCAGCAACAAGCCGAGAAAGAGGAAGUCGGCGAGAAAUGCUGAGAAUUCCGACGAGGCCGGACCUUCUUCGUCCAAGAAGAAGAAAUAA